AUGGGAGACACUCGACGCCCUCAUGAUGCCGAGGAUGGCGUCCAAAAGCGCUCAACGAAAAACAAUGACAUUCCAGCACCUGUUACUUCCAAUGUUGAUGUUGGCCUUUCUGCCGUCGCUGCACUUGCAAUGCUCGGGCUUGUGUUCGGUGGCUGUUGCUCAAACGUCUAUGCACUGGAGUCAAUCAUCAAUUUUGAAUCAGGAAGUGGCGAGCACUCACGAUUCAAGGGCAGUGCAUUGCCCUUUCAGGUGCACACGCGCGAAUCUGACUGGGAGGAUGAUGAGACAGCGAGCCACGGCAAUGCAGACUCAGAGCCAGCUGGUGAAGCACCCGAGGCAAUAGACCCCACUCAGGCAGAGGAGCUGCAAGAAGGGAUGCUCCUUCGUGAUGUUCCAAAGAGGACCACGUUUUACGAUCCUGUUGCCGAACGUCAGAUGACCCAGACCGAUGCAAAGCUGUUCUACCAACGUAGUCAGAUUGAUUUGAGAGGCGAUAGCAACGAGUGGGUAGAGAAAACGCCUCAGCAAAGCCCUUCAAUCCAAGCUGGCUCUCGAUCGGCGACGGAUUACGGUGCCGACUCCCUCAUCCUGGAGCAAGAUGGUGAGAACCUGUCCUCUCAAGAACUACCCAUGAACCGUAUUCACGCUGGCCAUGUACCAAUGUCUUCUGUACAAGCUAGUGCUAUACUUCAAGAGCAGUGCAUGUCUGGCGUGUCGAAUUCAGGCCUUGCUAGCAAUAGCUUUCUCGAUACAGAGCCGCAUGUCACGUCUGAGCUGGCCGCUAUUACAAGAGACAUCCAGAAAAUCGUUGAUUUGCGUCGCCGUUAUGUUAUGCUGUCUUCACAAGGCCCGGAUGAUAACCCCAGAGAUAGUGAAGAUUGGGAAAUUUACCCACCACCUCCAGAGCCUGCGUGGAGGGAGGCUAGCCACGCUAAUUCCCGCUUUGCGCGACACAACGCAACAUCUGCGAACGAUUCCAGCCAGGAAUUUGACAUGGAUAAUCUAAUGCCUCUUCCGGGAGACGACGAUUGUACUUUUGAGCUAGAUUCAAACGGUGUCUAUCAGAUCCUAGACAAUGAAUCUGCUACGGAGCCCGCCAUCAGAAUUCCGACUAUCAGAGAAUUCUACAUGGACCUGGAGUCCAUCUUGAAAGUCUCGUCUGAUGGUCCGAGCAAAAGCUUCGCAUUUCGAAGAUUGCAGUACCUAGAGGGCAAAUUCAACCUGUACGCUCUUCUAAACGAGUACCAGGAAACCGCAGACAGCAAGAAAGUUCCUCACAGAGACUUUUACAAUGUCCGAAAAGUUGACACCCACGUUCAUCACUCUGCUUGCAUGAACCAGAAGCAUCUGCUCCGAUUUAUAAAGAGUAAGAUGAAGAAAUAUCCUAAUGAGGUGGUUCUAUAUAGGGAUGGAAAGCACCUUACCCUGGCCGAAGUUUUUGCUAGCAUCAAUCUCACCGCUUACGAUCUAAGCAUCGAUACUCUUGACAUGCACGCCCACACCGAUUCUUUCCACCGAUUCGACAAAUUCAAUCUCAAGUAUAAUCCUAUCGGAGAGUCUCGUCUCAGAACUAUUUUCUUGAAGACUGACAACUUCAUUCACGGGCGGUAUCUGGCAGAAAUCACGAAAGAAGUUAUCGAAGAUCUCGAGUCCAGCAAGUAUCAAAUGGUUGAGUGGCGUAUUUCCAUUUACGGCAAAUCUAUUGAUGAAUGGGAUAAGCUAGCUGCUUGGGUGGUGGAUAACAAGCUUUUCUCCCACAAUGUUCGCUGGCUCAUUCAAAUUCCUCGUCUAUACGAUGUUUACAAGGGCAGUGGCCUCAUGGAUUCGUUCGAACAAGUCAUCAAGAACUUGUUCCAGCCAUUGUUCGAAGUCACAAAAGACCCAGCAAGUCACCCAAAGCUACAUGUUUUCCUUCAGCGUGUUAUCGGGUUUGAUAGCGUUGACGACGAAAGUAAAGUCGAACGCCGACUCUUUCGCAAGUUUCCAGUUCCCAGAGAAUGGGACGGCGCGCAGAACCCACCCUACAGCUAUUGGAUCUACUACACUUUUGCCAACAUGGCUUCCCUGAACUUCUGGAGAAAGAAACGUGGGUUCAACACUUUUACACUUCGGCCUCACUGUGGCGAAGCUGGUGACAGUGAACAUUUAGCUGUUGCUGCUCUGUGCUGUCACAGCAUCAGUCACGGUCUUUUGCUCCGAAAGGUGCCGUUGCUCCAAUAUAUAUUUUAUCUGGAGCAGAUCGGCAUGGCUAUGUCACCAUUGAGCAACAAUGCAUUGUUCCUCUCAUAUGAGAGAAACCCUUUCCACCAGUAUUUCAAACGUGGCCUUAAUGUGUCACUCUCAACAGACGAUCCACUUCAGUUCGCCUUCACAAAAGAACCGCUCAUUGAGGAAUAUGCAGUCGCAGCUCAAAUCUGUAAGCUGAGCUCAGUGGACAUGUGCGAAUUAGCAAAGAAUUCGGUCAAACAGAGCGGUUAUGAGCGAGCAAUCAAGCAACAAUGGCUCGGCCCUGAUUUUGAGAAGCCUGGUAAGGAAGGCAACAAAAUGGUGAAAACCAACGUACCAGAUCGUCGGGCAGAGUUUCGGUAUAUCACACUCGUGCAAGAAAGAGACGUACUUCGACGGUUCUCGGCAUAUGAGGCUAAUAACGACUCCGGCAUGCUCAAAAAACCCAACAAUCAGGCAUCAGCGCAUAGCUGCUCGCAAGUUUUGUCGUCCCUGUCAAACAACACUGGUCCACUUGGCAAGCUGGGUACAGAGCAUGGCGUGCCAUUCGGCGAGGAUGCCCGUCAUUCCGAUAGCUCUACAGACUUGCGCCUUACUGGCAGCGACCCACGCUUGUUUCCUGGUAUUCUGGCUAGAGAGCAUCACAUUGGCAGCCUGAAGAGUCUAAGCCAAAGCCAGGAAAACUCUGCAAACAGUAAUGACAAGGUUGGCAUGUCCGCUAGCUAA